UCCUGUGUGCAGCUCCUCUGUUCGGUUCUCUCUUCUCACCUGCACCGUGGACAGGUGCUGCUGGUCCUGGGAGAACACAAAUGAACAUGGCCUUCAAGGACUUAACAUCAAGAGCAGUGCUGCUUUAUGACGAGUGGAUUAAAGAUGCUGAUCCACGGGUGGAGGACUGGCCACUCAUGUCGUCCCCGAUCCCCCAAACACUCAUGAUAGGGGCAUAUAUUUAUUUUGUUGCGUCAUUUGGACCCAGGCUGAUGGAGAACAGGAAACCGUUUGACCUAAAGGGCAUAAUGGCAGCCUAUAAUGUAUUCAUGGUUUUGUUCUCUUUGUACAUGUGCUAUGAAUUCCUUAUGUCAGGCUGGGCUACCGGUUACUCCUUUCGAUGUGACAUUGUGGAUUACUCAAGAUCACCGCAGGCGUUAAGGAUGGCCUGGACAUGCUGGCUCUUCUACUUCUCCAAGUUUAUAGAGUUACUUGACACUAUCUUUUUUGUUUUGCGUAAGAAGAACAGUCAGAUCACAUUCCUGCAUGUGUACCACCACUCCAUCAUGCCGUGGACCUGGUGGUUUGGCGUGAAGUUUGCUGCUGGUGGUUUGGGCACAUUCCACGCGCUGGUGAACUGCGUAGUGCACGUGAUCAUGUACAGCUACUAUGGCCUCUCUGCACUGGGGCCUGCUUACCAGAAGUACCUGUGGUGGAAAAAGUACAUGACCUCUAUCCAACUGACACAGUUUAUCAUGGUCACUUUUCAUAUCGGGCAGUUCUUCUUCCUGAAAGAUUGUCCGUACCAGUUUCCGGUUUUCUUAUAUGUCAUUUGGCUAUAUGGAGUCAUCUUCUUAGUCCUGUUCCUCAAUUUCUGGUUUCACGCCUACAUCAAGGGGCAAAGACUGCCGAAAAUGCAUCAGAACGGAAAAGCACUCCAGAACGGACACGCGAAGGACAAACCUCAUUGACCAUACUGGAAACUACCUAGCCAUACCCAGGUGUGGUACUGUGAAUUACUUGACAAUCGGGCAUACACUGGUUACCAAAAAACACAACGGCGGACAUUUAUGAAACUGUCUGAAAGAAAAAGUGUCUUUUUGCCCUUAGCAGCCAAUCACAGCGCAGCUUUGAUUUCUCACAGGCUUCUAGAAGACUAAAAGCUGGUUUGUGAUUGGUUGUGAUGGGCAACAGAAAGUUUUGUCUCUACAGAAGGUCCUCAUGACUCUGGCUACUUUCACACUAGCGUGAUCCGGCAGGGUUCAGCAAAAAUGCUUCCGUUACUGAUAAUACAACCAUCUGCAUCCGUUAUGUACGGAUCCAGUUGUAUUAUCUGUAACAUACCCAAGACAGAUCAGUCAUUAACUCCAUUGUAAGUCAAUGGGGGACGGAUACGUUUUUUAUUGUAUCAGAGAAAACAGAUCCGACCCCAUUGACUUGCGUUGUGGGUCAUACCGGAUCAGUCUUGCUCCACAUCCCAUGACGGAAGGCAAACUACAACAUGUUGCGGUUUGCUCUCCGGUCUGGGAGCGCAACUAAACGGAAUGGAAUGCAUUUUGGAGAAUUCC